UAAGGCCUAUUUUUUUUUCUUUUAAAAUUUAAAGAAAUUAUUAUUGAAUAAAACAAUUGAAAAAUAAAAUCUAAAAAAUCCCACCCAUAAUUUACCUUGUUCUCUGCUUUCGUUUCAGAUUCCAGAUCUGAUCAAAGAACAACCAAACAAACAGGUUGCUUAGAAGUCCCAAGUUAGAGAACAUGGGUCGUGGAGUCAGCAGUGGUGGGGGACAGAGUUCUUUGGGUUACCUUUUCGGGAGCGGAGAAGCUUCACCUCCGAAACCAACCAAUGUCACGAGUACUGGCACCACCAGUAGUGAAGUUCCUCAGAAGCAGAUUGAGGUUGUGAAGGAAACCGUGCAAAAACCGACCACUGCUUCACCAUCAUCGGGUGAUGCUAAGGAGAUCCCUGCAGGUGUUCCAGGGAGCAAAACGAACAACUAUUUCCGAGCUGAUGGCCAGAAUUGUGGCAACUUUCUUACGGAGCGCCGGACAACUAAGGUUCACGCCGCGCCUGGCGGUGGGUCUUCCUUGGAUUACCUGUUUGGUGGCAGUGAGAAGUGAUAUGUGAGAUAUUAAAUGUUGGAACCACUGCUUAUGGUUGUCCUAAAAGGUUUGGGACAGAAAAUAUUUAAGUAUAAACAAUAUGUUGGUUUCCCUUCCAUCCUGGACUUUCUGGAAACUUCAAAUUAAGCUUUUUCCUAUCUAAGCAACUGCUUACUAUUAGUUAA